AAAACUCCACUAAACCAAAGUCCUGAGCUCACAUCUUCCAAAUACUCCCAAUCACUGAAUUUCUUCCUCUCUACGACGCCUACGCUUCCCCCACCGGCUUCCUCUUUCCCUAACCACCGUCCGGCUCCGACCAGAAACCAAGACGCCCACCGCCUCCGCUUUGUAGCAGAAGAAAACCCAGAACAAGAAGAUGAGUAGCAUAGGAACAGGCUACGAUCUCUCAGUCACCACAUUUUCUCCUGAUGGCCGUGUAUUCCAGAUUGAGUACGCAACCAAAGCUGUUGACAACUCUGGGACUGUUAUUGGGAUCAAAUGCAAGGAUGGAGUUGUUAUGGGUGUGGAAAAGCUCAUUGCAUCAAAGAUGAUGCUGCCUGGUUCGAACAGAAGAAUUCAUUCUGUUCAUCGCCACUCUGGCAUGGCAGUGGCAGGAUUAGCAGCUGAUGGCAGGCAGAUUGUUGCCAGGACAAAGUCGGAAGCUACCAACUAUGAAAAUGUCUAUGGUGAUCAGAUUCCUAUCAAGGAACUUGCUGAACGUGUUGCCAGUUAUGUGCAUCUGUGCACACUAUAUUGGUGGCUCAGACCUUUUGGAUGUGGGAUCAUCCUUGGAGGUUAUGACAGAGAUGGGCCACAAUUGUACAUGGUUGAACCUUCUGGUGUUUCUUACAGGUAUUUUGGUGCAGCAAUAGGGAAGGGAAGGCAGGCUGCUAAAACAGAGAUUGAAAAGUUGAAGCUUUCAGAAUUGACUUGUCGGCAAGGUGUUAUUGAAGUAGCCAAGAUCAUUUAUGGAAUACACGAUGAGGCGAAGGACAAAGACUUUGAAUUGGAAAUGAGCUGGGUCUGCGAUGAAUCGAACCGUCUGCAUCAGAAGGUUCCAGAUGAGCUUCUAGAGGAAGCAAAGGCAGCGGCAAGAGCAGCAUUGGAAGAAAUGGAUGCAGACUAAUUGAAGCUGGAGGAUGUUUGGGAGAACAGAGUUUCACUUCCAAAAUAAACAAAACUUUGGCGUGUUUUCUUUGUCCUGAUGAACUUGGCUUUACUGUUCCUUUCUAUUUACUUUCAGUUCAUCUGGUUUUAGAUACUUAUGAACGGAUUAAGUAGUUUGAUUUAGUUUCAUCUAUGAAAUUGUUAUUGGCACAGUGAAAAUGUCAUCCUGCACUUUUUCUAUUUGUGAUUUAAUGGUUUUAUCAGUUGACGUA